AUGGGUAUACUAAACUUGGUUAAUGGAUUAGCACCAUCAUCUUCAUGUUGUGAUUCACUAAGGUCUUUGAUGAGUAAUAGUAUAGAUUGUGCUUGCCUUGUGAUUUCAGCCAAUGCUCCAAUCCCAUUACCUAUUAACAGUGUUCUUGCCCUUUUUCUUCCACAAGCAUGCAACAUCAAUGAACUUCCUUUACAGUGCAAAGCUUCUGGCUCUCCUGUACCAGCUCCAGGUCUAGCAAUGCUUGGAUCAAAUGACCAAUCACUUCCUCCAAUAGCUGAAUCUCCACUAAGCCCACAAGCUUCUGAGGCACCCAAUUCAGAGACUUCACAACCAACAUUGGCACCACUAGAAGCAAAAUCAAAACCAUUGAAGAAGAAUAAGAACUCAAGAAAACUCCAGGAAUACAGCUACCAUUAA